GGUGGGCUCCGGCUUGUCAGGGUGACGCGUCUUGAAGGGGUGGAGUAAAAAAGCAGCGGAGAGGCCGGCCCCGGCUGCGUUGCGUGUGUCCGUCCAUCAGUGCGAGCCGCGCCAUCAUCCUCCUCAUCGCAGCCGCCACCGCGGAGGAGCUCUCGCUUCUUCUUCUUCUUCGUCUUUGUUUGUUUUUGAAACCGCCAACAAUCAUAUUGACGGAGAGUCCGCGCGCGCGCGCCUGGGAGUCUCGCGGGCUCGCGCACGCCCAAUGACUGACACGCCGAGCGAGCGCGGUCUCUAAACGUGUCACUCUCUGCUUUUUCCUCGUCGCUCCCACAGAGUGUCACGGAAGCUCCCACGGCCCACAGCGGCAAAGCCCCCCUGCGGUCCCCCCACGAGAGUUCCGAACUGCUCCGCCGUACUUUUAGGGCCGCGAAGGUAGGAAAUAGUCCCGUAAAAAGAGGGACUUGGAUCGGAGGUGGGGGGGCCUCGCUUCCCUUCCCCGAACCACCUCCGGUACAUCCAUACGGAACCUCCGGCAACUUCGUGGACCUUCUCUCUCCGUUUUUGCGGAAAUACUCACCACGAGUAAUGAGUUAAAAAGCGUCCGUUUUUUUCUUGUCAAGCACCUAGGAAACGCGAAGCAAGGAUCUACGACAGGACUCCCGGGACUCGCCACCGCUUUUUGUUUUUUAAUUUUUUAUUUUUGGUUGAGCAGUUCGGAGUCUCUGCAUGAAAAGUCCAGCAGCGGCAGCAUGCCGAGGAGGAAGCAGCAAGCACCGCGGCGCUCAUCAGCUUACGGUCCCGAGGACGAGUUUGGAUCGGACAAGGCCGAUGAAGAAGAACCCCUUCAGGAUGACGGCCUUUCUAUGGACGGCCAGGAUACAGACUACAUGUUCAACGACGACGAAGAUGUCAGAGACCGCUUCAGCUGCCAGAACUCACCUCUCAGCAACGGCACAAACCAGGAUGCCGGCUACGCCUCACCGCUCAGCGCAACCAGCGACCACCUGGGAGACCUCAAAACGCCGCCGUUAUUCAGCGACGCUCGGCAAAACCUUCAGGAGAAGCCGCAGGAGAGCCCCGAGCCUCUCAACGGCCUCUCACUGCAGGACAGUUUGGCCAAAAUGAAAGCCGUUUAUGCAAACUUGAUCUCUGACGCCUCAUGGUCGAACCUCGCUUUGGACAUGCUAAAAGGUAAACAAGACGAUGACGUUACUGUGAAUAAGAACAACAAAAGUGAACACGAGACCAACGGAAUCCUAAACAACCAUAGCCAAGCGAGCAUCCCAUCAAAGACUAAAUUGACCAGCACCUGCUCUAGCACUAAUACAACUACCAGCAGUACCGCCGCAUCUCGAACCACGUCCAACAACACCGGUGUCAACUCGGGGUUGGCCUACGACUGGCACCAGGCAGCUUUGGCUAAAACCCUGCAGCAUACGCCGUAUCAGCUUCUUCCAGAACCAAGCCUCUUCAGUACCGUGCAGCUCUACAGGCAAAACAACAAGCUGUACGGACCAGUGUUCACAGGUGCCAGUAAGUUCAGGUGCAAGGACUGCAGCGCGGCCUAUGACACUCUAGUGGGUCUGACCAUCCACAUGAACGAGACAGGCCACUACCGCGACGACAAUAAAGACACAGAGGAUGAUAGGGGCAAGAAGUGGUCCAAGCCCCGCAAACGGUCUCUCCUGGAAAUGGAGGGAAAGGAAGAUGCCCAGAAGGUUCUUAAAUGCAUGUACUGCGGCCACUCGUUUGAGUCCCUGCAGGACCUCAGUGUCCACAUGAUCAAAACGAAACACUAUCAGAAAGUGCCUCUGAAAGAACCAAUGCCAGCACUCACCUCCAAGCUCGUCCCACCGACCAAAAAAAGAGCCUUUCAAGACUUGAUUUCGCCAACUUCUCCUGACCCCGUGUCUUCCAGUGUCCCACUCGGAGAGACCACCAAAGACCAGAGGAUGACCAAUCCCUACGUCACUCCCAACAACCGCUACGGUUACCAGAACGGCGCCAGUUACACAUGGCAGUUCGAGGCACGCAAGGCUCAAAUCCUCAAGUGCAUGGAGUGUGGCAGUUCACACGAUACCUUGCAACAACUCACAGCGCACAUGAUGGUCACGGGGCACUUUCUCAAAGUCACCAACUCGGCUUCUAAGAAGGGGAAGCAGCUCGUAUUUGAUCCCACUAGUGAAGAAAAAUUUCAGUCCAUUCCGUUGCCACCGACGACAACCAAGCUCCCGGCUUCCAACGGGAAGUCACAAGCUGACUCCCCUUUGCCGCCAGCUAGCCCCGAGGAGGAGAAUAAAGAUGGAGAGGAUGAAGAAGCAGAUGAAGAAGCUGCAAUGACAGUAGAACCAGAUAAAAAGAUUAAGGAAGAGAAGGAAGAUCCUCCUGAGAAGUCGGAUAAAGCCGAAAAGGCUAAGUCCUACCAGUAUCUCACAGAGGAAGACUUGGAGGAGGCGCCUAAAGGGGGACUGGACAUAUUGAAAUCGUUAGCAAAUACAGUUUCUAGCGCAAUCAGCAAGGCACAAACGGGCACGCCAACAUGGGGCGGUUACCCCAGUAUUCACGCUGCCUACCAGCUACAGAGUUCUCUCAAAUCCACUCUGCCUUCUUGCACGCAGGUUCAGCCUUUAUUCAGCAGUAACUCUAUUAAGAUUGUGCCCUCUGACAUGGCGCCCAGCAGCCCAUCGUCACCGCCGAGCAACAAAAAUAACGUGCAAGCCAUGGAGAAAUUGGUGGAGAAGGUAACUGGGAAAAGCUCAAUGAAGAUCGAAAAAGAAGAGAAGUUGAGGUCUGAGAAGUCGCCAUCGCCAGCGACGAACAAGCAGGUUUCCCCUAAUCCAGAUAAGACAGUCAUAGACAAAACUGAGUAUAAAGUCAAAGAAAGUAGAAAAGUUGCACAGAUCAAGGAAGAGGCAUCUUCACCCAAAAAGGUUGUUAAUGACAACUGCAACAACCUGAGCAUUAUCACCGACCACUCCUCUGAGCUGCCCCUCGUCAACCCCCUCAGUGCCCUGCAGUCCAUCAUGAACACUCACUUGGGCAAAGCUUCCAAGGUGACCGCACCCUUCAGCGACCCUUUUGCCGCACUCUACAAGCUCAACGGCAAGUCUUCUCAAAUGAAGCCAGUCGAGCCUGCGAUUGAGUACCAAAAUGAUGACCAGCCCAUGGAUUUGACCAAGUCAAGGAGCACUAACGGAGCCCCGGUGAGCUGUACCACACCAAACCGACAACUGGGAUCCAAAAGUGCAUCCCUUUCAUCCUCUCCACCACUCCGGGAGAAUGCUUUAAUGGACAUAUCGGACAUGGUGAAGAAUCUGACGGGCCGCUUGACGCCCAAGUCCACGACUCCAUCCUCAAUCUCGGACAAAUCCGACGUUGACGGAGGAACCUUUGAGGACAGUCUGGAGGAGCUCUCACCUAUCCAGAGGCGAAAGGGCCGACAGUCCAACUGGAACCCGCAGCACCUCCUGAUCCUUCAGGCGCAAUUCGUCUCAAGCCUGCGAGAAACCCCUGAGGGGAAAUUCGUCAUCAGUGACCUAGGACCCCAAGAGCGGGUGCACAUCUGCAAAUUCACUGGUCUCUCCAUGACCACCAUCUCGCAUUGGCUGGCCAAUGUGAAGUACCAGCUAAAGCGGACUGGUGGCACCAAGUUCCUCAAGAACAUGGACUCGGGCCAGCCGCUGUUUCUCUGCGGCGACUGCGCCUCACAGUUCAGAACUCCUUCCUCCUACAUCCGCCACUUGGAGUCCCACCUGGGCUUCACCCUGCAAGACCUCUCGAAGCUUUCCAUAGACUUCCUGGAGCAACAGGUUGUCGGCAGGACGGACGAAAAGACUCUGGUCCCGUCUGAGUUCAGGGAACACGACGACAGCGACAGCGGGUCGCUGAAUCAGUGCAAACUGUGCAGUCGGACCUUCGUGACCAAGCACGCCAUCAAACUGCACCUUUGCAAGACGCACGGCAAAUCCCCCGAGGACCACUUGAUUUUUGUCAAAGAUUUUGACAAGCAGUGACGUUUGGCCAGGAACGGGACUACCAUUGCACUAGAAUGCCCAGCUUCAAUCUGUCCAGAGUGCCACAACUGUACAAAGCGUCAUCGCCGCACACAUGUUAGAUUUACCGAAUGACGUAUCGUUCGUUCUUUCCAUUUCUAAUUGGUCAUUGUUAAUAGAAAUUACGGGAAAAGUGACUUAUUUUGAAGAAAUGGCAAUAGAAAAUAGGAAAUGAGUUCAUACGUAUGAGACGUCCAACAUUCGUUUACUCGCUGACACCCUCCGAAUUCCAAUAGAUUGGAUGUCUUGCACCAUCAAUGGCAGGCAAUGAGUUCAGUAGGGCUGCAGCUAUCGAUUAUUUUACUAGUCGAUUAAUCGAUGAACUAGUUGGUUCGAAUAAUCGAGUAAUCGGAUAAGAAACAUGAAAAAUAAAAUUACCUGAGCUGAGCCUCAAACGGUAUUAAAAAAAAAAAAAAAAGAUCUAUGUACAACAAAAUAGAAAUUGGCUAAUUUACAUAACAAAAGUCCGCUAGCUUAAAUGCUAUAAAAUGCUGAUGUUUUUUUUUUUUUUUUUACAAUGCUCUUAACAAAUGGUUGAGACACAUAUUCCCACAAAAAUAGCCAAAUAUACCUAUAAACCAAAUUACGAAUGCAUUAAAAAACAUGAACUCAAACAAAAACUUAGCUUAUGUUGGUCUUAACAGGGAGCAGUUGGAAUCAGCCAUGUGAAAAGUGUAUCCACCCUAAUCAAUAAAACUUAAUGCAAACACUUUCAAACCCUAACCCAUUACAACGCCACUUUAAUUAAACGAAUACUCGAAGCAACAAAAUUUAAUUCGAAUAUUUUUUUCUAGUCGAAUACUCGAGUUAAUCGAUUAAUCGUUGCAGCACUAGAGUUAAGCUCAUUAAGUAUGUGAGACUUAAGGUUAUCUUAGAAUACCGUGUUGGCACGAGUAUAAGACGGCCCAGAUUAUAAGACGACCCCCUGUUUUUCAAGACUCAAGUUUGAAAAGAAGACAUUUUGAACACCAAAUUAAUUUUUAUACAGAAAAUAAUUACAGUACAUCCGAAACAAAUGAUUGUAACAAUAUAUUUGAGAGAAAAAGCAUGUUAUUUUGCCUCAUUCAAAUCUUAAUAUCUGAAGAUUUAAAUAUUAGGGCUGUCAAACGAUUAAAAUUUUUAAUCGCGUUAAUUACAGCUUAAAAAUUAAUUGCAAUUCAAACCAUCUAUAAAAUAUGCCAUAUUUUUCUGUAAAUUAUUGUUGGAAUGGAAAGAUACAAGACGGUUAUAUACAUUCAACAUACGGUACAUAAGUACUGUAUUUGUUUAUUAUAACAAUAAAUCAACAAGAUGGCAUUAAAUAAAAAGAUAAAUGUUAGUACAAGUUAUAGAAAUUUUAAAUUAAAACCCCUCUUAUUGUUUUCGUUUUAAUAAAAUUUGUAAAAUUUUCAAUCAAAAAAAUAAAUGAUGUCAAUAAUUACACAAUGCUCAUGUGGUGCUGAAACCCAUAAAAUCAGUUGCACCCAAGCGCCAGCAGGCGACAAAACUCCAAAAAGCACAACAAGUGCACAUGACACUGUGCUGUCAUUUUAAUCUGUAUGAGCAGGGCAUUUGUUUUAAUUGCGUCAAAUAUUUUAACGUGAUUAGGGUUGUUCCGAUCAUGUUUUUUUGGUCCCGAUCCGAUCCCGAUCGUUUUAGUUUGAGUAUCUGCCGAUCCCGAUAUUUCCCGAUCCGAUUGCUUUUUUUUGCUCCCGAUUCAAUUCCAAUCAUACCCGAUAAUUUUUCCCGAUCAUAUACAUUUUGGCAAUGCAUUAAGAAAAACAUGAAUAAAACUCGGACGAAUAUAUACAUUCAACAUACAGUACAUAAGUACUGUAUUUGUUUAUUAUGAAAAUAAAUCCUCAAGAUAGCAUUUACAUUAUUAACAUUCUUUCUGUGAGAGGGAUCCACGGAUAGAAAGACUUGUGACUUUGUAUAUUGUGACUAAAUAUUGCCAUCUAGUGUAUUUGUUGAGCUUUCAGUAAAUGAUACUGCAGCCAUUCAACCCAAAUGCAUGAUGGGAAGUGGAACCAUGACUGUGCGUAGUGCUACCAAUUCAUGUAUCUUCUCUGCGUUGGGAAAUAAUAUACGGUGUUAAGAAAAAGAUCAAUUGCUACCUUGCUUCCCCACAUUGCUUCCCAUGAUAUUUUGUAAUCGUAGGGAGAGGGAUUGUAAGGCUUUAGCCGAUUAAAAAAAGGCUCCAAAGGCUUCCAAAAUUCACUCUACUCAUUUUACACUGCCUUUUAUCUCUCUAAAUGGGUAAAAUGGCACCAUUACAGAUUGAGUGCGACAAUGCGUGAGUGGGUCGUGCAACGCAUGCAUUAAUUGCGUUAAAUAUUUAACGUGAUACAUUUUUAAAAAAUUAAUUACCGCCGUUAUCGGGAUAAAUUUGGUAACCCUACCUUAAGCCUAAACUAAAGACUCUGGAUGAGUGUAACAUAUUAUGUCUGUAACGUUAAAUACAAUUAGAAAAGUCGUGAAACUGAAAAUAAGGAAAAACAUUGCAAUAAAAUAAUACACACUGGUUAAACUUGAGAGUAGCUGAGCUCUGUCAUGACAGAACAUCGCUUCAAUGAUAUCUGGCACCAUCUAGUGCCGUGAAUGGGUAUAACUUCUAGACCGCAAAUAGAAGACGACCAUCUGUUUUUCAGUCUUAUAUUCGGGCCAAUAUGGUAUAUCAAAAUGCAUGUAUAGUUAUAAGCUGCUGUUUUUUUCUGCCCAGAUGGCUAUAUGCUUUUUCAGAUCUCAAUUUUAGAUAUUUUUGUCUGUUAGUCUAUGCUCAUACCGCAUGUCAAUUCCAAUUACUUAGUCCAUAGUCCAUAUGUGACAUGUAUGAACAUUCCAAUUCCCAUCUUUUCACAUUGGCCUCUUUCAUAUGUGGAUAUAAAUCAGAUAUGUAUCCAAUGCUCCACUGCACUAUGAACCAAAAAGGCUUAAACGCCUCUCCCUGGUGCAGGAACAAAAGUCUGCAGCACACUGGGCUGGCGUUAUGCGAAAAAUAAACGAAAUAAUGAACUCUUAUCCGUACACAUUUGAACUAUACGCCAUUAGCAAAUGAAAUAUGUCGCCACUGUUCGAGAAAGCCGACAAGAUAUAGUGCAAAAAUACCACGUGCUAGCAGACUUUUAAAAAAAAAAAAAAAAAAAAAUGUUGGUUCCAGUAGCGUAAAAUGCUCAAAAAUUGCUACAAAAGCAUGACUGCUGAAAGCUCCCGAAGAGACCAUAUUUGCUUCUAUAAA